UGUUCCGGAAAAACAGAAGUAUAAAUCUACGCCGCGCAUCCCCCGUCUGAGAAAAGGGCAGUACUUGGAGCGCAACCCUACAGGUGGUUGAGGUGUAAAAAAAACAGCUCACAUUUCCAGCAGUACACGGAGCUGUUUGCUUAUCACCAAACCCUAAGGAGAGACUCAAGGUGGAAGACAACUCCGGGGAACUCCCGGUACGGUGAAAGAAGUGCACGGGUUGCGGUGGCAAAAGCAAGACCCCCGUUUAGGAACCGGUCCCAGCCUAGGUUCCAAACCCACCGAGCCGCACAUUUGCACAUUCCACAGCAUCGAAGCGGCGACCGUCCAGCACAAACAACUCCAUUCCGGGCACGUCAAGGCAUCGUCCUCCAACCGCGUUGUUCGCAAGGUGUGCGCAAGAUCGCACAGAGUGUCACCGAACCCCCGACGCUAGCAGGGUGGAAAAACUUUCAUCCCGGCACGGCAUGACUUCUUCCAUAUUUCUCACCAUGGCAGGAUGGACCAGUGACAAGUUUCGUCUCUCCUGUAUCGACAACAAUGGCCUCAAGCGUACGCUGCUCAAGAUGCUGAUACUGGACAAUGGCACGAAAAACUCGAACAUCGAAGCGGAACGAUCAGCAACGGAAUAUCUGGUCGAUCAGGGUGUGCCGACUGCCAAUGCCAACAAAUCGCUGCUCAGCUUUCUCGCAAUCAACGCCCUCGAGCUUAGUGCACCGGCCAGCCCCGUCCUGUUGGAAUGUAACGCCCCAACGGUUCCACCCGGCUGGCUACAGCUGUCAGGACACCCCAAAAGUAUCGCUCCAGUGGCCAACGGGAUCGUCCGCAAACGCAUCUCCGGACCAACCGACACCGAACUGGUCGCGUACCGUCAGCUGAUGGGAGAUCCACACGCGAUCAAGGUGGUUCCAAAGUUCCUCGGAGUACACCAGGUCGGUGGGGAACACUGCAUCGAGCUGCACAACAUGCUGCACGGUUUCGUCGAACCCAACGUGAUGGACAUCAAGAUGGGCUUCCGGACGUUCACCGAGAGCGAGGUAAGCAACACGGCGUUGCGGGAAGACCUGUACCAGAAAAUGAUCGCCGUCGAUCCGAGCGCACCGACGCAGGACGAACACGAGCGUAAAGCGAUCACCAAGCUGCGGUACAUGCAGUUCCGUGAGAACAUGUCCUCAACGCAGGAGAAGGGUUUCCGCAUCGAAGCGCUUAAAAUGCGCGGCUGCACACCGGUUACGGAUCUGAAGACGGUGAAGAGCGAUCACCAGAUCCGGUCCACCAUUGGGCAUUUCGUGAACGGGCGGCGUAGCGUGGCGAAGGACAUCGUUAAGCGGCUCCGGCAGAUGCGCACGUUGAUCGAGAAGUCGGAGUUUUUCCAGCGCCACCAGGUGUUGGGCAGCAGCGUGUUCAUCGUGUACGACGACAAUCGGCUCGGUGUGUGGUUGAUUGAUUUUGCCAAAGCCUUGCCACUGGCCCAUGGCACCAAGGUGACUCAUCGACGUCGUUGGCAGAUGGGCAAUAGCGAGGAAGGUUUGCUGUAUGGCUUCGAUGAGCUGAUCCGCACGAUGGAGGCUGUGCAGCAGCAGAGUACGCACGCUGUCGGCAGGCAUCAGUCGCGAGCGACGGAUAUUUGAACCUAGCGAGCAGGUGGUGACGUGCACACGAAUUUUACCUACCACAUAUCCUCUCGAAAGGCUGGCCCCUUCAAUAGUGGUGUCACACGCGAAACUAGUCAAUAUAUAUGUUUGUGUUACGGCAGCGUUAUGCAGGAGGAAAAUGAAGCAGCUGGGCGCAUGGUAGCAACAGCGGGUCAUGUUCAUUGAAGUAGUGCCCACAAAAGGAUCAUAAAAGCCGCAGCAGGGCAGCAGAAGGUCCUGUUGCUGUAGCACUGGACCAGCAAAUGGGGCAGCAUGCUACUACCGCACCAUUACGGGAUGAUCGUUAAAAGACUGAAUUUACGCCGGUAAGAAUAUGAUACUAGAAUAUCAGCGAUCGCGGAAGGACGAAGCGCUAGUUGAACGUAAGGACGUGCGUGAUCAUCCCGUGGUGAAACGGUACGAUGCAACUCCUGUCUCAACCGGCAAGCAUAUUCCGUGUUCGCGAAAGGAUUGCACGUUGUUCCAUAUUGGAAAGAAGCCUAGCUAGCUAGCUAGUAUGCGAUCGGA